AUGGUGUCCCUGUGGCCCUUCAGGGCCGAGGAUACCUCUCCAGCAUCCUUUGAAAAAGCCCUCGCCGCACUCUCCACCAAGAUCACUCGAGCCACCACCCGUCUCGACCUCCACCGUCAACAUGCCCGUCGCUUCAAGGCCCUCUGGACCCUCUACACUACCUUCGCCUACCUCCUCUAUUCUAUCAUCAUUGCUCUAGUCCUCGGGUGGCAGAAUUGGGGAAUCACAGAAUACGGCGCGAUUAUCGGUGGUCCAAUCCUGAUCUACCUCAUCCGCACCAUCUCCACCCGCUACUAUGACUAUCGCAUCACCAAAACCCAAGCCUACCUCGACGAUCUCCAUAAGCAGCGUGAGAAAACCAUCGAGGAUCUAAAGACCGCCACGCGCUGGAAUUCCACCCAACAGCUGCUGGAGAAGUAUGGUGGGGAGUCGCCGAAGCCCGCGCGCUCGAACUCGGUCAAAUCUGGCGACGCAAAGCGCAACAAGUCCGAGGGAGCGAAGCGCAAACAGCCAUCCCAGCAGCAGCAGCAGCAUGUCCAGCGCACGGGUAUCCCCCCGCCCCCGACAGCGAAUAUUCGACGACCAGCACCGCAACAAUUCCCCUCCUCUCCUCAACCACCUUCCACCCCGCCGGUCGCAUUCCAGCACCACCAACAGUCUCCGCACGUGUUCCCAGGUCAGCAACAACUACAACAGCAGCAGCAGAGUGCACCAAGCAUGAACGUGGGCCUCGAAGAACCCGGAUUCGCUCCGAACGCAUUCUCCAGCACGUCUACGCAGUAUGUGGAACAGUCUCACUGGUACGACCGCCUGCUGGACGUAUUGCUAGGCGAGGAUGAAACCCAGCCUAAGAACCGGCUCGCGUUGAUCUGCUCCACCUGUCGACUGGUGAAUGGUCAGGCGCCCCCAGGUAUCAAGACGCUCGAAGAACUAGGCCGUUGGCGUUGCGGGAACUGUGGCGCAUGGAACGGUGAGGAAAGCGAAGCGAAGAAGGUCCUGGCGGGUAUCCGCAAGGAGCAGCAGCAGCAGUCGUCCAAUAUCUCUAGUGGCAGUGUUGAUGGUACAGAGACUCGCUCGUCCGUGGGAGGAGAUGUAACGGAUGACGGCGUCAUGGUGGCUGCUACUGGUAGCGAGGAUGAUCAGCUCGAGUCGCAGAGUGAGGGAGCCGAGACAUCAGAGGAACAGGUAGAGCAGGUAGCAGAGAGUGAGAAUGAGGAAGAGGAAGAACCUGAGCCACAACCCAGUAAAAGGGUGACGCGGUCUCGAGCUAAGGGUGGGAAAAGGAAGGGAUAA